AUGAAAAGCACGCAUGAUGCUUUUGUUUCAUCUGAUACUUUUGUGUCAAAGGCCGUCACAUAUGGCCUUGUGCAUCAGUUAUCUGGCGAGCACCUAAACCAACUUUCAAAGAGACAUAAAGGUCACCGCAAGGGACACAAACACCACCAUCAUCGCUCACGCCCGGGUCGUAGGCGUAGACACAGAAAACAUCGGCACCAUCGCCACCAUAGGCACCCUCACAGGCACAGACGAAAGAAACAUCACAGAGGACAUCGUUCUUGUAGUCACAAGCACAAAGGUAGAUGUUCUCGACAUCAUAAACAUAGGCAUGGGCAUGGGCAUAAACAUAGGCAUGGGCAUGGGCAUCAUAAACAUAGGCAUGGGCAUGGGCAUCAUAAACAUAGGCAUGGGCAUGGGCAUCAUAAACAUAGACAUGGGCAUGGGCAUCAUAAACAUAGGCAUGGGCAUGGGCAUCAUAAACAUAGACAUGGGCAUGGGCAUCAUAAACAUGGUUCUGGCCACCGUAGGAAACAUGGAGGUGGUGGAGGUUUUGGAUCAUUUGGAGGUGGUGGAGGUUUUGGAUCAUUUGGAGGUGGUGGAGGUUUUGGAUCAUUUGGAGGUGGUGGUUGGGGAGGAGAUGAAUUUUUUGGAUUCGGAGGAGGAGCUGGGGGAGGAGCCGAUUUUUUUGGAUUCGGAGAAGGAGCUGGUACAGGAUUUGAAAAUUUUGUAGGAGGUGGUGGGGGAGGUGGUGGGGCAGGAGUUGGAUCUUUUGGAUUCAGAAAAGGUGAAGAUGAAUACAACGACAGUGGUUUUGAGGAGUUUGGAAUUGGAGUUAAUGGAUUUGGUGGCUCUACUGGUGGUAUGGGCAUUGAUGAUGAUGAUGAAUUGGGUAUGAUUAUCCUAGGCAGUGGUGGUUCUGACGGAUUCGACAAAGACGAUGAAUUCGACGAAAGUGAUGAUGAAUUUGGAUUUUCUGGUGCAUUCCGUCAAAAGGAGCUUGGUUCUGGUGCACCAGGUCUCGAUGGGUUCGGUAGUAGAUUCAUUCCUGUCUUGGGCAAACUUGAUGGCCAGGGGGGUGGCUUUUUCCUGAUGUUAUUUGGAAGUUACGAAAGCCUCGUGGAAUUCCUUAUGAGAAUCAAACAAGGGAUCCCAGCUAUCAACAUUAUUGAACAGAAAAAUUUGACAAUCAACAGCAAGCCGGAAAACGAGGAAAGCAUGCAUAUGAUGACAAAAGACAAGAUGUCAGGUGAGCUGGAUGCACAUGCGACUCAAGGAGGUGGUGGAUGUCCAGCGGGAUUCGAGUGCCAAUAG